GAUGUCCUGAUGUUGUCCUUAAACAUUUACAGAGUUACUGCUCCACCCAGUGGAAGACUCUGAAGGAGCGCUUUGACUCUGGCCUGUACGCCACACAUGCUGAUCUUCACAGGCUGAAGUACCAGUGUUUCAAAUCAGCGUGGAUGCAUGAAGUAUUGCACUCAGGCUUCUCUUUCCCAGCCAACUAUAAAAACCUGAAGACCGCUCUGUUGGUCUACGAUAAAGAGGUCCAAUGGACGCUUGGAGCUAUUCUCUACAGGACACGCUUUCUGCCAUUGAGGGACAUCCAGCAGGAAGGUCUGAAAGGAGUGCACUCUCACUGGCGGCACAGCUUCUCCUUUGUCAACAACCACUAUUUAUUCCUGGCUUGUUUCUUCAUUGUUGUUUUGUCCAUCAUGCUGUAUCUGCUGCGGCUGCGUCGCAUCCACCGGCGCGCGGCCCAGCACUGCACCCCCUCCUCUGUGCCCUGGCUGGAGGAGGGUCUCGGCUCGCCCACAAUCCCCAUCACUCUCUAAAAGUCUUGACAGGGUGUGACUUUCCAAAGCAGAUCUCCUUGAGCUGUUUGCUUGUUCGUGAGCGUUUGAAGUCUGCUUGCAACAGAGAUUGUAGUACAAAUUGGACAUAUGAGGAAGAUCUUACGUAAGUCUUCCGGCUUACCUGAGCCAUGAAAAUAUUUUUGUUAUUUUUGUUUAAUUAUGACGUGUUUUUUCAUCCACGUUCUUGCCUGUUCUUGUCUCCAGGUGUUUUCCUAUUCAUGUCCAAACAAACAACGGUUCUUUGUUCACUAGCAAAUAUGGAGUCUAAACUUUGAAUUACACAAAAGUUGGACGUAUUCGACAUUUUGCCUUUUUAUUUAUGCCUUUGAUUUGUAUGAUCAUAUCUAUUUUUGUUGGUUUCUGUUAUAGUUGGUUUAUGGUACAAGCACUUGCCGUUUCUACAGGAAACUCAAAUGCAAUCCAAUCUAUAAUUAUCCGAAAGAGGAGUUUGUAAUGCAGUUGAGAAACACAUCCCAUCUGGAAUAGUCUUUUAGUUUUUCCCCAAAAUGUUUCCUUCUCAACAGGACAAGUAUCCUUUAUCGCUAUACUAGUGCAAUACAUGUCUUCUCACUGUUGGGAAAAGCUCCAAAAACGUCUUCUUUUUUUUUUUAGAGAGAGAAUAAAUCUCUCCGAAAGCCCUGCUGAAAUUCUUAUGUUGGGUCAUCGGACUUUUAACGUCGGAUACCGUGGCAUAUAUUUACGUUGGGCUUCAUUUUCAGAAGCUGUCAUAUCACUGCUGUGAGGGGAUUGUAAAUGUAAGCACAUGCCCCAUUAUUUAUACGAAUACGGUCUGUAGUGUAAUGUUUGCACAGAUGAAUGCGAAAUAAGUGUUGUCACAUUGAAAUUCAGUAAUAAAGGAUUUAUGGUA